AUGGCCUCCAAUGGUUGGCCCGGGGCCGACGGCUCCCAGCAGUCCGCGAACGUGUCGCCCACGCAAAGGGUCCUUGACGGGCAAUUGAUCAAGCACCUUCUCACCAGAUACGGUGCCGACGAAUUGAGUCGCCUGAUUCAGGAGACUACUACCACUCCUUCCGAUGGCGCCUCUAUCAUUUCAUCUACACAGUCGUCCAUCCUGUCAGACGAGUCCAGCGUAUGGGACACGCAAAGCAUACGCACCUUUUCCGACACAUCUUCCAUUACCGGGAGUAUCAUGUCGAAUGUUUCCCGGGGCACUUCCAAAAUCCUGGGGAGACGCAGCCAGAGCAGCAGCGCUUCUGCUGCCGCUCAAGCCCAGGCGGCGCAGACUCAAGAGCAACAGUCGUGGGACUCGUCGACUCCUGAAGCAGCAUCAAGCACCUCAAGUGCAUCCAAGCAGAAGGGGGCUUUCAUGUGCGGCUUCUGUAAAGAGGAAGACAUUACCAAGACCUGCACAAGGAAAAACGAUCUGAAGCGGCAUAUCGAAGACUUCCACAACGUCAACGCGCAAUGGUUCUGUCGUCACCGCGGCUGCCAGAUGGUGUUCGAUUGGCAAGGUGCCUACAAGACGCACUUGAAGCAAGCCCAUGGUGGUUCCAGAAUGUCUCUCGACGAAGCCAAGGUCAACCUCUGCCCGCAGGUCGUGUUUGCCUGUGGCUUCGACAAUUGUCUGCAGGUGUUCGAGGCCCAGGGAGAUUCCGACGCCAGCUCAACCUUCAAGGAAUACGUCAGCCACGUGGUGAAGCACUUCGACGAAGGUACCAACAGCGGCGAGUGGUCGUACUCGGCAAGGAUACGCAAUCUUCUGCGCCAGAGCCAGGUGCAAUCUGCGUGGAACGAGUCGAUGUGGAACGAAGCAUCGAGAACGUCGCUGCAGUGGAACCCCCAGACGUCUGGAAUCUUGAGGAAGAGACUGGAAUGCCGGCACAUUGGCGAUCUCAAGCUCCUCAUCCAGUAUGCUUUCCUUCUUGGUACUGACGCCAGCAGCAUUGGCAAAUUCCGCGAGGACUUCAUCACUCCCGUCGCCGACACGUGCACAAUGCACAUGUCCGGUCACCGAUCCAGGCAGCAAAGCAUGGCACCCCCCGAGCCGGCCGACCCCUUCUCUUUCAAGAUCUCGCGCGGAGCAAACCCUCAGCUGGCUGCUUACAUGGCUUCUCAGCGAAGAGUCUAUGUGCCGAGACAGCAGCGGGUAGUGCGGCCUCCGCAGCUCCACCAUCCUCACCAGCAAAUGCAGACGUCGAGUGCGAUGGCCAGCCAGACACGUCUAUCGCAUUCCUCACAAUCAAGCCACCACAGUCAGAGCCACCAGAGCAACGGACAGAAUCACAGCACGCUCGGACAUUUCUUCCAGACAAUGCCCGAGGCACAGAUGUUCGACCCGAACGGUGCAAGCCAACAGUUUGGUAACAACGGCAACAUGCAUCACAGCGGCAUCAUUGCGGACGACAUGCAGAGUUUACGGAGCAUGGCCGGGGGCACGCCCGAACAAGACGUGGAGAUGCAGGAUCCGGGGAUGAUGACGGACUUUUCGUCGUCUUACGUUCCUCACGCAAACCUGACAAGCCCUUCCAUGUCAGGCAAUCCUGAUGGAUUCUUCCCGCCGGGACAGGCCUACUGA